CGCCGGCAACCAAUCGCCCUCGGCUCCGGGGCUGUGCGCGGCGAUGAAGCGGCGGUUGGAGCUCGAGUCGCGCUUCCCGGCGCAUCCCGACAGCCGGGCCUGGUUCGUGGCCUGGAGCCCGGCCGGGACGUUGCUGGCUUCGUGCGGAGGCGACCGCGCCGUGCGGAUCUGGGCCAGGGAAGGAGCCGCCUGGGUGUGCAAGUGCCUGCUGGAGGACGGGCACCAGCGCACCGUCCGCAAGGUGUCCUGGUCACCCUGCGGCAACUACCUGGCCUCGGUCAGCUUCGACGCUACCACCUGCAUCUGGAGGAAGAAGGAGAGCGGAUUUGAGUGCCUGACAACUCUGGAAGGGCAUGAGAAUGAAGUGAAGUCUGUUGCCUGGGCUCCGUCUGGCAAUCUCCUGGCAACAUGCAGCCGGGAUAAAAGUGUUUGGGUUUGGGAAGUGGAUGAGGAUGAGGAUUAUGAAUGUGUGAGUGUAUUAAAUGCUCAUACGCAAGAUGUCAAGCACGUGAUCUGGCAUCCAAAUGGAGAGCUGCUGGCUUCUGGAAGUUACGACAACAGCAUUAAACUUUACAAGGAGGAGGACGAUGACUGGAUCUGUACCAACACCCUGGAAGGUCAUGAGUCCACAGUCUGGAGCAUCGCUUUUGAUAAAACAGGGGACCAUCUCGCAUCUUGUAGUGAUGACAAAACUGUGAAAAUUUGGAAAGCAUACAGCCCUGGUAAUGAACAAGGUGUGGUCUGCAAUGGGUCAGAUCUGUCCUGGAAAUGUGUCUGUACCUUGUCUGGGUUCCACACACGUACUAUCUAUGACAUCUCUUGGUGCCACGUAACCGGUUCUCUAGCAACUGCCUGUGCUGAUGAUGCAAUCAGGAUAUUUGAGGAGGAUCCUGGCUCAGAUCCACACCAGCCAACAUUUUCACUCACUUCACACAUCCCAAAGGCACACACUCAGGACGUCAACUGUGUGGCAUGGAACCCAAAACAGGCAGGAGUUUUGGCAUCAUGUAGUGAUGAUGGGGACAUUAACAUCUGGAGAUACAAGUUUGAUGAUUAGUUGUUCUAUGUGAACAAUUAACAAGUGUGGUGUGCAAUAGCAGCCCAGUUUUAUUAAAUCACCAUGACUACUUCAUGUAACCAUUUUCAAAUUUGCACUAACAAUCUUACUACUUGAUGUUCUAUCUACCAGUAAAUGUUGUACAGGGCUUAAGUUGCCAUUAAGUAUAAUUUGCCAAUAAGUACUAUCAGCACUCAUUUAUCUUGCUGUUGAUUUUAGAUCUACGUGAAAGGAUCUUGCAAAUAUAAUUACACAUUCUUCUUGUCCCUAACCUAUUACAUGUAAUUAUUUCUUGAUGUUCCAAUAGAUAUAAAACUGAUUCUCCCAGGCCCUUCUUGCUCUGAAAUUUAUUAUAAGUGAUUCUACAAAAGGUUGUUUAAUAAUAUUCAUACUAGUUUUUAUAAUUCUUUACUGUAAUUGUUUUUUUUGUAGUGUGGAUUAUAACAUGCAAUUUAAUGUCAGUUAAAGGAUAUACUUCCCACAUCAUUUGUGAUUGACAACCAGUUUGAGCAAUGAGUAAAAUUCUACCUAAAUACCUCCUCCUGAGGGCCAAGAGUGAAAAAAGUAUGUCGCAUCCAGAAUUUUCCAGUUAGCGGGCGAUUUCCUUCCACGCCGCUCUGACAUAUUGGGAAAUCGUGUACGAGGCAAGUUACAGCAGUGGUUUGCCAUUGCCUUCUGCCGGGUGAGGUUUUUUUUAAAGAGAUCACCAGCUCUUAACCCAGCACAGAUGGAAAGCGUGCAAGGGUGCUGGCUGGAAUCGAACUCAGGACCUCUCACCUGGAAGUCCAGCGCUGAUGCCACUACGCCACCAGCUGGCUAAGAGUGAAAGGGAACUCAUAUUCUGUGGAUUGGAAUUAAUAAUUUGAGAGUGUGUCGUUUUUGGAAAAUGAGAAGCUUGAUCUUGUUUUAAUUAUGGUUGGGGAUAGUGGUCAUACCUAUAGCCGAUGGGUAUAAAUGUUAAAUUUGUCCUCUUAAUCACAGCCCAUUGCUGAAAUACUGUGGGUAGAAAAUGUUAAUGAUUGGCCUUAAAGGUAACAGCACAGACAUACUAUGUUUCACAAAGUGAUUGAGUUCCUUUGGCAAAUAACUCAACCCUUAAUCUCAGUGUCGAAGGACUUUGAAUGUGGUACUUGCUGGAAAAAUGGGUGGAAUUAAGAAUGAUUUUUAAGAUUGUCAGGUUAUUUUGAAAUGCAGUUACUUUCUUUCCUGCAAAAGGCAGUGAAAAUCCAGAACUUGCUAUUUUGAGUGUUUCUGCUCAAGCUCCUAGCCAAGGGCUUAUGCAGUGAAAUUUACAUUAAGGGUCUAUUUCCUAUCGGUGCUUGCUGAGCAUGAUGGCGUAAUCCACAGUAAAGUACAGCAACAGCUCAGGCCUUACCAAAAGGCAUAAAGGAUCAGUUGUGUGCUUUGUUCACGAAUGGCCAUAAUUUACUUCUGGGUAUCAGGGACAUAGAGGAAAGUAACACUGACCCAAAAAAAAAGGCCUUGAAAGCAUUUUCCUAAAAACCAUCUAUGUUAGCAGAGAGAUGAACUUGUGAAAAUGUUUAAGGAUAUGAAAAUCCGAAUCACCGGAUUUCAUUUCCUUAUCAUUAAACCCAGUUUAAUGCUUCCAAUGCAAUUCCAAUGGCUGAUUUUCAAUAAAUCUGUGUCUAAAUAAAUG